GUGUCCGCGCAAGCGCACUGGAGUCGCAGCGGUGAAGUGAACUUCAUCCUUCCAUAUUUCAGCCUUCACAUCAUCAUCAUCUGUCCACGGAUCCGCUGCUCGACCAAACCACGUCCUCGAACUUCAUCCAGCAUGGCGGAUCUCCAGGGAAAGUUUGAUGCAGCAGCAGCUGAGGUGAAGCAGCUGAAGGCGAAGCCGACGGAUGAGGAGAUGCUGCAGGUCUACUCCCUGUUCAAGCAGGGCACCGUGGGCGACGUGAACACAGCUCGUCCAGGGAUGUUGGAUUUCACUGGAAAAGCUAAAUGGGAUGCCUGGGAGAAGCAGAAAGGCAAGAGCAAAGACGAGGCCAUGAACGAGUACAUCAAGCUGGUGGAGGAGCUGAAGCAGAAGUAUGGAAUCUGAAGACUGAAAUCAGACCGCCACCUUCAUCCCAACCAUGUGAAGCCUUAAAACCCGACCUGGACAUCCUCACACCGAGCUGGGAUGAGCGGGGACCACUCGCCUGUUUUCAUCAUGCCUGUACCUGACUGAAUCCUGCCUCUUCAGUAUAAAAUCACUCUUCUCUAAA